AUGGCCACCAAGCUCCUUAAGACAUGGUACCACCUCGUCGUCAGCAACUUCCUCGCCAUCGUCGCGAUGGCGUUUGCAACCGCCGUGCUCCGGAGAGGAUGGCCGUUCAGCAUCGAUGGUCUCGCCGGGUGGCUACACGCGCAGCGGCCUGUACACCUUGCCACGGCGGUGAUCCUGAUGGCUGCCGUGGCGAAGCUCUGGCGCGCCCGCCGGCCACGGGACGUGUACCUUGUGGAGUACGGGUGCUUCCGUCCCAGGCCGUGCUUCCGGGCCCCGUUCGCGACGUGCCGGGAGCACGUGCACCUCCUGCCGUACCUGCUGGCCGACAAGGAGAGCCUCAGCUUCGCGAUUCGGCUGCUCGAGCGCUCGGGGCUCGGCGAGGAGACGUGCGUGCCCUACUCGUACCACUACAUGCCCCCGGACUGCAGUCUCGACGCCGCCCGGGAGGAGACGGAGCUGGUCAUCUUCUCGGCCAUCGACGAUGUGUUCGCCAGGAGCACCGUCACGCCCGCGGACAUCGACGUGCUCAUCGUCAACUGCAGCAUCUUCACGCCGACGCCCGUGUUCGUGGACAUGGUGGUCAACAGGUACAAGCUCCGCGCCGGCGUGCAGAGCCUGAACCUGUCCGGGAUGGGCUGCGGCGCGGGGCUCGUCGCCAUCGGCCUCGCCAGGAACCUCCUGCAGGUGGCGGCGCCGGGCACGCACGUCCUGACCGUGUCAACCGAGAUCCUCUCCUCGCAGUACUACGUCGGCAGCGAGCGCGCGAUGUUGCUGCCCAACUGCCUCUUCCGCAUGGGCGCCGCCGCCACGAUCCUGACCAACACAGCCGAAUGUGCGCGGUUCAAGCUCGGCCGCAUCGUCCGCACCAUGACCGCCGCGCGGGACGCCGACUACCGCUGCAUCUUCCAGGAGGAAGACGACAAGGGCAUCCGGGGCGUGCGCCUCUCAAAGGACCUCACCGCCACCGCCGGCAACGCGCUCAAGAGGAACAUCGUGGCCUUCGGCCCGCUUGUCCUCCCGGUCUCGGAGCAGCUCCUCGUCGCGCUGUCGCUCCUCAAGCGGAAGCUCCUGAGCCGGCGGCGCGGCGACAGCAAGGUGAGGCUGUACCGCCCGGACUUCCGCACGGCGUUCGAGCACUUCUGCAUCCACGCCGGCGGGCGCGCGGUGAUCGACGAGGUGCAGCGCGGCCUCGGCCUGUCCGACGAGGACGUGGAGGCGUCGCGGAUGACGUUGCACCGGUUCGGGAACACGUCGAGCAGCCUGGUGCUGUACGAGCUGGCGUACGCCGAGGCCAAGGGGCGGAUGAGGAAGGGCGACCGGGUGUGGAUGAUCUCCUUCGGCGCGGGGUUCGAGUGCAGCUGCGUGGCCUUGGAGUGCGUCAGGCCGGCGGCCGACGCCGGCGGGCCGUGGGCGGACUGCAUUCACCGCUACCCUGUGCAGCUCCCAGACGUCGCCAUCUGA